AUGUGGCCCAACUCUUCAAACGGUUGUCUGAAGGGAUCGUGGACAUCUCAAGAAUGUCGAGAACGUUGCUCAAAGUCAAAAUUUGUGCGGAAUUGUUUUAAUAAUAUAGAUAUAGCUCUGUCAAUGGUGGAACUGGUUGAGUUGAAGAGAAACAAAUGGAAGGCGAAGAUCCAACAUACCAAAGGGCAGCUUUUAGCGAUUUUGGGCAGAGUUUUAUUAGUUUGUCGUAAGAAACAAGAAAAUGCAAAACCUAGCUGUAUCAUCAAGAUACCGGAUGAUUUAAUAGAAGAGAUUCUUCACCGUCUUCCGGUGAAAUCGUUGGUAAGAUUAAAAUCAGUAUCGAAAGAAUGGAAAUCAUUGAUGGAAUCCGGCUAUUUAGCAGAGAAACACCUCCGUCUCCUUGAGAAAAAGUAUUAUGGAAUUGUUGAAGAAGAGAUGAAAAUCACUGUUCACAAGUCCACAUCGAAAAGCUUGUGUAUCAAGUUUUUCUCGAAAUGCGGUAAAAUGAGUUCUGGAGCAAGUUCAGGAGGUCUUCUUCGAGUUGCUGGUUCUUGUAAUGGUUUGGUAUGCGUACACGAGUUGGAUUCUGUCAACGUUUAUCUAUGCAACCCAAUGACAGGUGUGACCCGGACACUUACUCCUCCUCCUCAAGCUAACAACAAACUUUCAGUUGGGUUUGGGAUAGAUGUUGUGACAGGAACAUACAAAGUGGUGCUUUUUUAUUAUGGCUUGGGAACAGUGGUUUUCGAUUUCGGCACUAGCAAGUGGAGGCCAACCGCUGGUCCAAUGCCACUUUCUUGCAUUCCGCGUCCUGAUAGAAACCCAGUCUUUGUAAACGGCUCACUCUUCUGGUUGUUGAAAAAUAACUUUUCCGAGAUACUAGUCAUGGAUCUUCACACUGAAAAGUUUCGUACUUUGUCCACACCCAGCGAUAUGGGUGUGACAGUGGGUGAAAUUUACAUGUGCAGUUUCGAGGAUCGUGUCUGUUUCUUUAAUUUCAGACAAAUCUAUAAUUUCAGACAAGGUGUGCGUUCGUACGUGUGGGUCCUUUUAAAGAACGAGAGGUGGGAGAGCACUACAGAUAACUUCUUAGGUAUCCGUAGUCCUCCAAUAAGCUUGAAUUCAGCUUGGUUUUCACAGACCUUAGUUUCUCCUUGUCAGUCGUCGUCUAGCACAUGUAUCCGUUAUAGACAAAGACAGAGGAGUAGUGCAUCUGCACAAUAUUGUCAGUAGCUUCUUUAUCUUCCUCUCUCUCACAUUUAUUAUUGCUUCUCAAUCAAGUAAACAAAAAUGGUUAAAAGUAUUAGUCUUCUUCACAGUUUCAGGUGAUGGAGAUACGAGAGUCAUGGACGCGCCGAUCGAGCUGCAUUUGUCUCUAAACUAAUGAUCCUUUGUUUUUUACUUAUGGUCUCUAAAAAAAUGUUUUCUUGAUUAAUUACUUCUAGGUUGACUCUAUAGUAUAUAGUAAGUAACCUUGGAAGAGCUACUAGUUUUCAUUGAUCGCGUCUAGGGUUUUGAUGGUAAAAGUGCAAUAUGGCUACUAUAUUUGAACGUCUGCUUGGACUCUUUAGAUACUUUUAAUUUUGAAUUUUGAGGCCUAAAAGUGCUACUAUUAAAACCUUUUAGGAGUUUAUUCGCUGCGCCUUUCCCUUUCUCCUUGACGUUUCUUAAACGUGCACUGAUCAAAUCACGUAUUGCUGCAACUACUCUUCGACUUUCAAAAAAAUUGAAUCAAAGUUUUGUAGGCUAAUCACAAAACGCCGAAAAUCUAGGUUUAGUAGGUUAAUCAAGUUGUUUUUUUUUUUUAAUUUAAAAUUUUAACAUGGUGGUAGUUGUAUAUAACGGAAUUGCUUUUUAAAACAUGAAAACAGCAAGGGAUGAAUAUUGUAAAUGGUAAAGAAGAACAGAAUCACGUUUUAAAUGUGAUAACGUAAAUAAGUGAUAUAUCAUUCAACACAUACGUGCUGAUAAAAUGGUUUUCAAAACUAAGGUUUGAGGCUUUGAGCUACAUGGUUCUUCUCUUUGGAGGCUUUUUUGCUUAGGUAAGGAUUCGCGAACCAUAUCUAUGAGCUCAAGUCAUGACCUUAUCAGUUAGGGUUGCACUUUAAUGUUUGUUUAACAUCAGUAGAUUUGCAAAGGAAUUUGUGAUUUAGUGUGUUUAAUAAAGUCAGUUGUUUGAUGAGACGUAGAAUAUUGAAAUUUUGUGCUUAGUGUUCUAGGUCUGUCUCUGCAGAUACUAUCAACUGCUACUCUGAUGGAGCAUGGCUCUCAGCGUCUAGCAAAGGGGGAAUGGGAUGGAUCCAUAAGAAUCAACCUGGCAUCACACUGCGAAAGGGUUCCUUUCAGCGCCACUUUGUUGCCUCUGCUGUGAUAGCGGAAGCUUUGGCUAUGAAGGACUCGAUCUACUCUGCUAUCUAUGCAGGUUUUAAAGACUUAGUCUGUUUCUCAGACUGCAAAAGUCUAACUGACAACCUCACAGGAAAGACUUCUGUGACUGGCCUUGAGGGUAUUCUCCAUGACAUAAGCAUGUUGAGCCAUUCC